AUGAAACCAGAGAUAAUAUCCAGAGAAACUAUCAAACCUUCCUCUCCAACCCCACAUUCCCAAAGAUGGUACAAGCUCUCCGUAUUCGAUCAAAUGAGUUAUGGCGUGUAUAUUCCCAUCAUCCUAUUCUACACCAGCAAUGGCGGUGAUAACCCAGUUGACUUUUCCCAUAGAUUAAGUGGGCUCAAGAAAUCCCUCUCUGAAACUCUAACUCGAUACUAUCCACUAGCCGGGAGGAUUGGGGAUGGUGGGAGUAUUGAGUGCAAUGAUAAGGGGGUUGAUUUCUUUGAAGCCCGGAUGCACUGUCAUCUGCAAGGAUUUCUAAAUCAUCCUGAGUUUGAGGCUCUGAACCUGCUUGCUCAAGGUCAAAUCCAGUGUAACAACUUAGAUUUGAGCAGUACAUUGAUCGUUCAGAUCACCUUCUUCGAUUGCGGGGGAAUGGCCAUUGGGGUGUCUAUGUCACACAAGGUUGCUGAUAUAUCCUCCAUGAGCGCCUUCUUAAAUGACUGGGCCACGAUGGCACGGCAAUCAGGUGAAGCAGAAAUCUCCGCUCAGUUCAUCACUUCAUUCUUCCCACCUCAUGAUUCAUUAGACAUACCUGAGUAUGUGCCAAGGAAAAUAAAUCGUGUGGUAAGGAGGUUUGUAUUCAAUGCCUCAAAGUUAGAUGCACUCAAGACCUUGGCUACUAGCCAUGGAGUAGAAAAUCCCACACGGGUCCAAGUUGUAACUGCACUACUAUAUAAAUGUGCCGAUGCUGCAUCUAGAGCAGUCUCAGAUUCACCGAGGGCAUCGGACUUGGUACAAAUGGUGAACCUGCGCAGACUAGUAAUCCCGCCAUUGCCAGACAAGUCCUUUGGAAACUUGGUUUGGUGCUUUUCAAUAUCUGCCACCGAGGAGGGUGAAGUUGAGUUCCAUGACUUGGUGGCCCAGUUGAAGGAAGGGAUAGCAGGUUUUCGUCUUACCUAUGGAAUAAGUUUUAGUUGGUAUGAAUUGUCCCGGCUGGUUUCUGAGUUUAGGAAAGCAUCUGCAAGCUCAUUCAAGAGGAAGGGGAAUAUGGUUAGGUUUACAUGUACUAGCUGGUGUAGGUCCCCAUUAUACCAAGUGGAUUUUGGGUGGGGAAAACCCGUAUGGAUUAGCUGCACAAAUGUUAUGUGGAAUACCUUUAUUUUGAUGGAUACUAGAAGUGGAGAUGGAAUAGAAGCGUUGGUUAGUCUUGAAGAACAAAACAUGAACGUAUUUGAACAUGAUGAGGAGCUCCUUCGAUUCGCCUCUUUGAAUCCAAAUGCUUUUGAAGCCCCUUGA